AUGUCUAGUUAUUCGUUGCGAGACUAUCUGACCCGUGAAAACCCAUGUCUCGAUAAUGAGAAUUCUCUCGGCGGCCUCCCGACCCGAGCAGAGGAAAAGCUAAUAUCUGAGGUAGUGAACUGGGCAGAUUUCAAUAUUGAAACUCUGGAGAGCUGCUAUGGAGAUGUUCUAAAUAGACAUUGGGCAGAGCCGCUGCCUGACAUCUCUCCUGACCUUACUCAGCUCGAGCGCGAAAUAUUCGAUGAAGAUUCUUUUGAGCACCUUCUGUCGAGAUCAAUUGUGCCUCAAGUGAACGAAAGCAUUGAGAGAGCCUUGAACGGGCUUGAUGAGGAUAGAAACAGAUCAACGAUCAGCAUGACUCGAGGCGGAAGAGCAAGGAAAUCGCGAAAGCUCACCGCUGAUACUUCGGGUGCUAUGAAGUUCCCAGACUGGGCUGCAGCUCAGGAUGCUGGUCAAGGCCACCUGAAUCUCUGCCCCGGUGAGACAAAAUUGUCCAAUAAAUGGACUCUAAGUGCGAAUAAGGACAGAACAUGGUACUGGCCAUUAUACCAAGUGACAACCUAUUGUGCAGACAUUUGGGAUACUCGGUAUGGCUAUAUUAUCACCCAAGAUGAACUUGUGGCUCUGAGAUUGUCGAGAUUGCCCAUUGGGUCUGGUAUAGCCCUGAAUCGGUCACCACGUCAGCAUAGCAUCUCCAGUGGUGGAGGUAGCCAGCGGUCAGUUGAGAUGGAAAUGGAGACUCAAUCAAGCGUGUCAUGCGACUCCGGUGAUAUUUCAGCUAUGUCCGUAAGUGAUGGGGAAGAUCGGCCGGACUGCCAGUUUACCCAACAGUCUCAAGAGCUACGAAGCAGUCCACCUGUUCACCAAACCACCAGCUCGUCAUUUAGGGAUGAUGGAAGAGGGAAUGAGUAUGUCUUGGAAACAUGUUCGGUUCCCUGGAGCGCGCACGGGUAUGGAAGGCUAACCGUGAAACUUGCUCUAUGGUGGCUACAUAUGAUGGCAGCUGCACCACACUGCGACAUUUCCAUUGCUGAUGGAAGAUACCCUGGUCUCGAUACUUGGGUAGAUGAAGGCGAUAGCUAUCGCCAUUCAACGACUGGGAAGAGGAGCAAAAGCCUCCCGCCUAAAGCUAAAGUCACAGAGGCACCAAGGAGUUCUCCGGUCGCUUCUGAAUGCCAGGGUGGGAUUGAUAUCUCCUUUUCCGGCAGCAGCGUAUUAAGCUCGGUUCCGGACAUGCUCCAGACUCCUCCAGGAUUGAGACAUAUAAAUUUCUAG